AUGACAGAGCGACGGAAAGCCGACGUGAAGGCCGAGGAAGACGCCGCUGCUGCGGCGAAAGAAGCGGAGAAGAAAGAGAAAGGAGCUGCGGAAGAAAAGAAGAAGGCCGAAGAGAAAGAGACAAAGGAGCGUGAAAUGGAGAUACUCCGGUUAAUACCUAUGCGUGGUAAACUACUAACGUGUUCAGCUGACAUUGAAAAUGUACUACAACAGCUCGAAAGAGUAGACAUAUCAACUCAACGUGAAUCUACAGUGGAAGCAGAGAUCAAAACAUUACGAAGCCUCACCGAGCGCAAAAUUCAAGAGAUCGAAGCAAAACUGUCAAUAGCGUCAUUCAAGGAGGAAAAAGACGACACAAAUGUUGAUAUUUCGUGGCGAAAUGUUGAUUGGGUCCAAAACAACCUCAAUAUCGAUCUUAUAACUUCGGAAAGGCAAGACAGUGGCAAGCCUCCUGAGGAAGCCGAAGAUAACGCAAUUGGCGUGGCGCCAGUAGAGAAUAGAGAUUCUUUCGAGGAAGUAGUUCAGCGACAAGUUGUAGAGAAGCUGGAUCUUACUAUGCUCAAACUUAGACACGUUCUAGCUAUUGAUACGAAGGAAACUGCCGAGGUGAAGGAGACACAACAACGAGAACAAGAAGAGCUAGAGCGGAAGCAACUGCACCAGCAAAUUGAAAAUGAGCGAGCGCAGCGUGAAAAGGAAGAUGCAGAGACUGCAAGGCGACGAGUGAUGGGUCUUACGUCCAUUGACGAUGUGGAAGGUUGGAUCGAUGAGGGACGAAGUCUCCAUGAUCAACUCUGGCACAACCAGUCUUUGAACCGCUUGGUGGCAUCUAUGGAGCAACGUAUGGGGGUGGAGAAUUGUGGGAAUCCUCACUUCAGCAGUGUAGCACAAAAUCAAAACGUGGACGAAUUUGAUCGUCUAGCAAGCGCACCGAAAGCUCAAGAACCACAUAAGCAUCUCCACGAAAGAGAGGGACCAAGAGAACGCAAGAGCUAA